GCUCCAUGACCCCCUGACCGAAACUGGAAUUUACUGCACCAACUGCACUUUCGCUUGUUCCCUCUACUGCACUCUGAAACAAGUAUAGCAGACACACACUGUAGGCACCACUAUAGUGCAGCACAACACGUGUAUGUCUCGCUGAUACCCCUGCAGAAGCACAGGUUGGAGGGAGGGGGUGAGAGGGUUUGAGAGGGUCUGAUCAGGCUUAACUGGCAAAUCAGGUCUUUGACAUUUGAAGGCGAGGCUGAGAGGACCUGAACGCAAAAGCAGCCUAGCAGCCGUGGAUGUCUUUAGCGGAGGAAGAAGAGGGGCGGGAGGGAGAUAGUCGGGAUUGGUGAGAAUUCCUGCUGUGUUUGCAUCCCCUCAGCAACUCCAUCAAUACUGCGUACAGCUGAGAAACUGGCAAAGGUUCCCCCCCGUGCUGCAUUUUGCAGGCUUGGCCAGGAAUACAGAGCAACUCUCACGACUGGGGGGCUCAGUGUGCUUCUGGAGGGGAGCUCUGCGAGGGGCAGACUAUACACCACCAUCUCUGCUGCAUCAAGAGAGGAGCACAGACUGGGACUUCUCCAGGGGAACGAGCCAGUCCCAGAAAGUGUCAGGCACAGUUAGGGAGGACUCGUGUACUGAUAUGCUGCCCUGCUCUGCAAAGGAAGCCGACAGGAUCUCAGUGCACCUGCUCCAUACACGCUGAUUAUGUGGGGGAGCUGACGUGUGGGAUGGCCAGUCUGGACACACAGGUCCUCAUACAUCCACUUGUGUGCUAUCACCCCCUCCCAAGCAAGAAGGCCAGCUCCAGGAUCUGAGCACAACCUCCAGCUCCCUCUCCCAGGGUGACCCUUGAUCCUGGGGCCACCAUGGGAGGAUGUUUCUCCAAACCCAAAUCAGACCUGUAUGUGUUACACAGUUGACGUUAAAGUGGAACUCUCUCUCCUGGAAAAAGAAAAAGAGGUCGACGGGCUGUCUCCUAAUGGCAAGGCGAGCCCCUUUGUUGACUGCAGACCCAACGGGGCCCUGGGACACGGCUCUGAUGAGGACUCCACUCCUCUCCCCCUCUACCACAAACCACGGGACUAUGUGGAGGCCUCCGUUUGUCACAUUAAAGAUCUGGAAAAUGGACAGAUGCGUGAGGUAGAUUUGGGAAGUGGCCGAGCAUUGCUGAUCAAAGAACAUGGAGAGUUCUCAGCCUUGGGCCACAAGUGUCCACAUUAUGGUGCACCUUUGGUCAAAGGUGUGUUGUCCAAAGGACAUGUUCGAUGUCCCUGGCAUGGUGCGUGUUUCAACAUUACAACUGGUGACAUUGAGGACUUCCCAGGCCUGGACAGCCUGCCUACCUUUCAGGUCAGAGUCGAAAAGGAUAAAGUGAUCAUUCGUGCAAACAAGCAGGCUCUUCAAUUGCAGAAACGGUCAAAGCCAAUGGCCCGAUGUUCAGCUGUGGUUAAUGCCAGCACCGGGUUCAGCCAUGUUCUCAUUAUUGGCUCAGGUCCAGCAGGUCUGGUUUGUGCUGAGACACUGAGGCAAGAGGGCUUCACUGACCGCAUUGUCAUGUGCACUAUGGACAGACAUCCUCCAUAUGACAGACCUAAACUGAGUAAGUCUCUCGACAGCACAGCAGAGCAGCUAAGGUUGCGCACUGUGGACUUUCUACAGAAUCAUGAUAUUGAACUGCUCACAGAGAGAGAGGUUGUAGCCAUCGAUGUCAAAACACGAUCUGUGACCUUUGAAGAUGGCUUGAGGAUGGAGUACAGGAAACUCUUUAUUGCUACAGGAAGCAAACCCAAACCACUGAACUACAAAGGCAAAGACGUUGAGAAUGUGCUUCAUCUCAGGACUCCUGAGGAUGCCAACAUCAUUGCAAGACUGGCCAACAACAGGAACGCUGUAAUUGUGGGAACAUCAUUUGUUGGUAUGGAGGUGGCUGCAGCUCUUACUGACAAAGCCCACUCUGUCUCCAUCAUUGGGACUGAGUCGGUCCCCUUUAAAAAAGCUCUCGGGGAGAAAGUAGGAAAAGCCAUAAUGAAGCUCUACGAGACAAACAGGGUGAAGUUCUACAUGCUGAAUGAGGUGUCAGAGAUGAUAGGCCAUCAUGGACAGCUAAAAGAGGUGGUACUGAAGAGUGGAAAAGUCCUGCGCGCAGACGUGUGUGUCAUUGGAGCAGGAUGUGUUCCUGCUACAGGCUUCCUGAAGCAAAGCGGAAUUCACAUAGACUCCAAAGGCUUCAUCCCUGUCAACAAGAUGAUGCAGACAAAUGUUGAUGGUGUCUUUGCCGGAGGAGAUGUAGUGAUGUUUCCUUUCCCACCAAGAAACAAUAAGAAGGUGAAUAUUCCUCACUGGCAGAUGGCACACGUGCACGGAAGAGCAGCAGCUCUCAGCAUGAUGGGUAGAGCCUCUGAAAUAAAAACAGUGCCUUACUUCUGGUCAGCCAUGUUUGGAAAGACCAUACGCUAUGCAGGUUAUGGUGAUGGUUUUGAUGAUGUCAUCAUUCAAGGUGAUUUGGAUGAACUGAAAUUUGUGGCAUUUUAUACCAGGAGUGAGGAGGUGGUCGCUGUGGCCAGCAUGAACUAUGAUCCUAUUGUGUCCCGAGUGGCAGAAGUCUUAGGAUCUGGAAAGACGAUUAAGAAACGAGAUGUGGAGACUGGAGAUAUUUCUUGGUUGAUUGACAAAGGCUCUCAAUGACUUUGGACGAUUCCGAAGACUGUCCCAUUGUCUACUGGACAUCUCAAUAUGGACACUUAUGGUGCUGAGACACUGAGCAGCUAUUCCAAUCUGGACACAUUGGGGAC